CCGAGCGAGUCGAUGAGGCGCGCGAGGCCCGGCGCGAGCUGAAGCCCUUAGCAGCCUGAGCCAGGGAACUCGCCAUCUUCUUCGGCCUGCCUGGGCAGGUUUCCCCCGGAGAGGCAGGCGGGCGACCCGGGACGUGAGUCUGCGCGCCUGGCCUCAUACAGGAUGCUGUAUUCUUUGCUUCUUUGUGAAUGUCUGCUGCUGGUAACUGGUUACACUCAUGAUGACGACUGGAUUGAUCCCACAGACAUGCUUAACUAUGACGCGGCUUCAGGAACAAUGAGAAAAUCCCAGUACGGUACAUCAGAGAAAAAGGAUGUCAGUCCUGACUUGUCGUGUGCUGACGAAGUGUCGGAGUGUUAUCGCAGGCUCGAUUCUUUAACUCAUAAGAUUGAUGAGUGUGAAAAGAAAAAGAGGGAAGACUAUGAAAGUCAAAGCAAUCCUGUUUUCAGAAGAUACUUAAAUAAGAUUUUAAUUGAAGCUGGAAAGCUUGGACUUCCUGAUGAAAACAAAGGCGAUAUGCAUUACGAUGCUGAGAUUAUCCUUAAAAGACAAACCUUACUAGAAAUACAGAAGUUUCUCAAUGGUGAAGACUGGAAACCAGGAGCCUUGGAUGAUGUCCUAAGUGAUAUUUUAAUUAAUUUUAAGUUUCAUGAUUUUGAAACCUGGAAGUGGCGAUUUGAAGAUUUCUUUGGAGUGGAUCCAUAUAGUGUGUUCAUGGUCCUUCUGUGUCUGCUGGGCAUCGUGAUGCUGGUAGCUACCGAGCUGUGGACGUAUGUUCGUUGGUACACCCAGUUGAGACGUCUUUUUUUCAUCAGUUUUCUUGUCAGUUUGGGAUGGAAUUGGAUGUACUUAUAUAAGCUAGCUUUUGCACAGCAUCAAGCCGAAGUUGCCAAGAUGGAGCCAUUAAACAACCUGUGUGCCGAGAAGAUGGAUUGGGUUGGAAGUCUCUGGGAAUGGUGGAGAAGUUCAUGGACCCUUAAGGAUGACUCAUGCCAAAAAUACUAUGAGCUUUUAUUGGUCAACCCUAUUUGGCUGGUCCCACCAACUAAGGCACUGGCAGUUACAUUCACCAACUUUGUAACAGAGCCGUUGAAGCACAUUGGAAAAGGAACUGGUGAAUUUAUUAAAGCGCUCAUGAAGGAGAUUCCAGUACUACUUCAGAUUCCAGUGCUGAUCAUAAUGGCAUUAGCUGUCCUGAGUUUCUGCUAUGGUGCUGGAAAGUCCGUUAAUGUGCUGAGACAUAUAGGUGGUCCUGAGAGAGAACCUCCUCGGGCGCUUCAGCCAGGUGACAGAAGAUGGCACAAGGACAUUGAUUAUAGGCCCCUUGGCGGAGCAGGUGAUGCAGAUUUCUAUUAUAGGGGUCACACCGGCCCCGUUGAGCAAGGCCCUUAUGACAAAACAUAUGAGGGUAGAAGAGAUGUUUUGAGAGAGAGAAAUGUUGGCUUGAGAUUGCAGACUGGCAACAAGAGCCCUGAAGUGCUCCGGGCAUUUGAUUUACCAGACGCAGAGGCACAAGAGCAUCCCGAGGUGGUACCCAGUCGUAAAUCACCUACUUUGGAUACAAAGCCCCAAGAGAUCGGCGGAAUCUCAGAAGAAAGCACACCAAUGGAAAGCAGCACGGAAGGCACCCAGUCUGCUCAGCUCGUCUCUGGCCAGGAGGCGUCAGGGCAUUCAGAAGGUUCCCCUGCAGUGGAAGAGGCCCCGCCCGGAACUAGAGCCGAGAGCAGUCCAGCAAGGACUGCGGCUGGCUCGUGUGGGAAGGAGCCGGCUGGAAGCCCAUGUGGCUAGAGGAACCCAGACAGAGGCGGCAGCUCUGAAGUCAUCUUUGGGUUUUGUAAAGUAUACUCUUUAUUCACUGUUCUCUGUGAAUUCUCUGAUAUUUACUACAAAGGUGCCAACUUAAAUAUUAUUUUUAUGGCAAUCAGAAUUAACACAUGUAUAUAAAAGCUUCUUUCUGAUAUUAAGAUACAUCCCAUAAAUUUUUGAAGUGUUAAUUUUGGAAUAGGGUCUCCUAGACUGUAUUUUAAGAUGAAUGUAUGGCAGGCAUCAUUGAUUCUGGAUAAUUCAGGAGGCCAGUUUGAAUUAAGGGGCAUUGAAAGCGAAAUUUGAUUGUUUACAGGCAUUUAUAGGAAGCAACUAGCCGAAGUGUGUGUUGCCUCGUGAAAGUCCUGUGCUGCCCACUUUGGUUAACAGAAUCCUUUGUUAUUCUGCGCGGAGUUCACAGGUUUCUGAUGUGACAGGUACUCCAAAACGUCAGGGCAGCCCGCGGUAGCUAACUGUGCCCUCUGCGUGCACACGGGCAUCCCACUGCAGCCAGGGCGUGCAUAGGCAGCCUCAGGGACACCUCAGCUCGUCUGUGUAGGCUGCUGAGAUCGUGUACCUUUCUAGUUCCCCCCACAGGCCCUCCUGCCUUGUCACCCCUUUUACUUUACCUUUAGGUAAGACAGAAUCAGAGGUUGCCAGGGGAAUUUAGAUAAUGUAGCUUAUUCAGCUGGUAAUCUCUGACUUACAUGGUCAGUAGACCUGGAGGAUGGCUUUAUCUCCCCCCCUCCCCCAAUGAAGUGCAGAGGCUUUGAAAGACCUAUCUUUGUUGUUGCUUAGAGUCCUAGGAGUUGAGACUGUCGGGUAUUGC